AUGGCUUCCGCACAGAGCAACCAAUGUGCUCAUUGGGCCCAACAAAUUUAUGGCAUCUCCUACAAACCUGCCACUACCGACACGCUACGCUCUGAGAUCGAGGACCUCGUUGGCGGCAAGUAUCUGCACGAAUUUUCAAAAUGGAGGCACUUGGCACAGCAAACCUGUGGCCAAUCCUACGGGCUACACUCCGAUAUCGAGUACCUAGUUGCCAAGAAGUACCUCGCGCAAGUAGGCACAACAGAGCAGCCUCCAAGCACUAGCAACUCCUCCAACAACAUCUCUAUCCUUAUGGAAGAGUUUCAGCAUUCAGAAACCACCCAGAAGACCACCCUUGAGCACGCAGCACCAACCGAAACAGCCUCCGCUGAGUCUACCGCAAACACCGAGCGAGAUCUCCCUGGUUCUGCAACAACCAUCGAGAGGGUCUCCCGGAACGCCACAGAAGCAACCACCUACAAGAAAGACUCCGAGGGACCAAGUCUGGAGGUUGAUGAGAGGAUCUGGUACCCGGACCUCACCGCCGUCGACAAAUGGGUCAGGUCCCUCCCUCCUCGGGAUCAGCUCGAGUACCUCGUCAAGAUCAAGAUCAAGAACUUCCGUGACAAGCUCGAUGUGCAAAUACCACUUGGCUGCCGGUUGUGGGAAAUUGACAGGGAUGAGGAUGGACGGCGUCUGAAGUACUUCCAAAAGCACGGCAGGCAGGCCUUUUUUGACCAGUACAUUGACAGCGAUUACGUAGGGCCUGUUGAGUUCCUCUACAUCGAUCCCAAGGAAUCAGAUGAGCUCAAAAAGCGGAUGGCGAACUUCUGGAAACCUGGAAAACGCAAUAUGGGUGGGAAUGGAAGACACAUGAUGUAA